CCACGGGAAGAAUUUCAACGACACUCUAUUUACUAUGAGGAUUAUUUACAUCCACUUGUGGACUUUGUAGUAGUGUGUUGUUUGUUGGGAAUAUACAGUCGUUUUAUUAUGACAUCGACGUCGACAAAUAACGGAAGUACAAUUACAACCAGUCCUGCCACUUCUCCGCCUCCUCCUAUAAGAGUUCCGCCACCAAUCACAACGCCAUCUACUUCUGUUUUUGAAGGGGAAGCUGGAAAGACAAUCUUAGCACUGAUUGCACUGAUUGUGGUGAUUCUGUUGAUCCUGGUCGGAGUGAUAGGUCUAGGGGUAUGGAUGUACCACAAGAUGUAUAGUGUAUCAUACGAGGGCCAUUCAAUACAUUCUGUCACUAGUGUCAGGAAUCACAAGAAAGCGAUCGAGAAACAAGAACUGAGCGAGAGGUCGAAAACCAAAACCGUGGCUACACAAACUAAACUGUCGGGUCGAAAUAUGGAGGAAUACAUCAGAAGGAUGGAUACGGUUUACAUGUCAACAUACAAAGGGGCACAACUCCCAGGUAAACUAGAUUUACCCGCCAGGUGGCACCAAAAGGACCCCGCCCAGUUCACCGAGCCAUGGCCAAAGUAUUACCACACAGACCAGACAAACUACAUCACAAAAGUCGACUGAUCUACCGAAUGUUUUAGCAAAAUAUUUUUCUAUAAAAGUGUACGGAUUUUUGCUAAAAGUUGGUUAAAUGGACAUGUCCGUAAACUUAAACCACUGGUGACGAAAACAUGUUUACAUUUCAUUUUUUUUUAUUUUAGUUUAUGUGAUUUGUUUACCAUAGUGUGAUUACAACGUGCCAAUAUUAUGAUAAUUUGAUCGAACUCGAGCCAGCAGUAACACUUACGAUUGAGGCUACUCCCCGUGUACGACAACACAGAUGGCUGCCAUGCUUGUACUAAUUUGUUCUGAAAUAUUAACGGAACAAAGUUAUCGUAAUAGGUUGUGAAACUGAAGAUGAACUGUAAUACUGAUCGAGAUACGACCAUGUAGGUCUUUCGUCAGAAAUGUUGAGGAAAUUGGAAAUCUCUUUUGUUAGGACACAGAGCGCUGUGAAUCUCUACCUUGAAAAAAUACCUGCCUAAGGAUCAUUUCUCUUCGCAAUGAUGCUUUGUAUUUUCAAGUUGACGCCUCGGAGUAGAACAUAUUUGGCAGGCAAUCCCUCCAAGGUGUCAGUAACGUGACUCGCGACUCCAAGGUUUCAGUAACGUGACUCGCGACCCGUCCAAUGUGUCAGUAACGUGACUCGCGAACCCUCAAAGGUGUCAGUCACAUGAUGAGUAUUGCAUGUUUGUGAUUGUUUGUGAUAUCAUACUCAUGUUUUGUGAAAUUAUUUUCCGAUUUCGCAUUCGACUUUAUACAAUUUAUCAAGAAAAGAAAAGGUUACCUUCAAAAAGUAUUAAAUAAGCAUUUAAAUAAAA